UUUUUCUUUCCUUUUUUUUUUCCUCGGUUUUAUGCGUGUAUCCCCUGCCCCCUUAUGUGUUUGACGAAAAUAUUCCUUUUAUUCACAUCCUAGCAUUAUGUCCUACUCCUUUGUCUUUCGCCAUUCUAGAACUUACCAUCGCACAUUGCUUAGUUACUGGCACCACGAUACCCGUCGCCUUCAUAGCACCGUCGUCAACCUGGAUGUCGGACCAAAUUACGUAUUGCACAAGAAAGCGUCUAGCGCUCGCAUGUUUAUCCUUUCUCGGCCACAGAAACUGAAUGCACUGAACCUGUCCAUGAUCCGCAACAUCGGUCCUCAGUUGAAAGCGUGGGAUAUGUCGCAUCAAGCCAAGGUGAUAUUGAUGAAGGGAACAGGACCUGGGAAUUUCAGCGUCGGUGACGAUAUGCUGGACAUCAUGACCAAGGCCCAAGCAAAGGAUUCGGACGCAUUGUAUUAUUUCCAAGAAAAGUCCGCCCUAGUACAAGCAUUAUCCACCUUGCAUACACCUUACAUCGCUAUAUUGGAUGGUUACGCAUUAGGAGGAGCCGCGGGGUUGUUCGCUCACAGUCCUUUCCGAAUAGCCACCGACAAGACGAUUUUUGCAAUGCCUGAAGCCAGUCUUGGUGCGUUUAUGAACUCGGGCGCGAGCUUCUUUUUACCAAAGCUGGACGGCGAAAUGGGCGCUUACCUUGCUUUAACGGGGGCACGAUUGGAAGGCAUCGAUACAUUUUACGCCGGUAUAGCAACACAUUACAUUGCCUCUGACCGAGUUCCCGCGCUGGAAGACAGACUCAUUGAUUUGGAAUCAUCGGAUCACGAUAUCAUACAACAAGUACUGGAGAAUUUCGUAGAACCUGUACCCACCGCCAAAGUUGGGUACGCAGCGGAGAUUCGAGAGGUCAUUGACAGAUGUUUCCGUUACGACACUGUCCCGGAAAUAUUAUCGGCCUUGGAGCAGGAGAAAUCGACCACAUGGAUCAGAGAGACCCGACGAAAACUACUGUCACUGUCACCUACGAGUCUGCAGGUGACUCUGAAGGCUUUGCGAAAAGGGCGAACGAUGUCUCUCUGUCAAUGUCUGAAAAUGGAGUUUGAUCUGAUGCAAAAGUUCCUUGUUACCAAAGAUUUCCAUGAAGGUGUUACAGCGAUUUUGGCCAGCAAACCUCGACGAAAACCGGAAUGGCAACCUGCGUCCAUUCACGAGCUCAACAUCGACGAUAUCAAUCGCCUUUAUUUUGAUCAACCUUCUCCCAAUACCCUCACUUUACCUUCUCCCAUCGAUAUGAAAUCUUAUCCAUAUGCACGGUUUUCUCUACCCACCGAAGAAGAUAUUAGACUGGCAGUGACAGGAGAAGGUCCCGAGUUUGGGAUCGAAGGAAGGUUAACCCAACAAGGCGAUGUACUCGAAUGGUUCGCCAAGAGCCAUCGAGGAAAAUGGGGCGUCAAGGAAAAAGUGCUGGAUGUUUUACAGAGGAAAACAAUCCAUACAAAGGACGGACUAGUCUGGAAUACAUCGACUUAAACCGUCACUUCCUCCAAUGUAUAACAAACUCACAUACACAUAUUUCUGUAACCCCCACUUGUAUUUCUAUCACCCAUCCCACACUCUUUAAAA